GCGCAUGCGCGGGGGCGGCCAUGGCGGCGGCGCUGGAGCACGAGAACCAGGUCUUCCUGGACCUCUUCCACCAGGACGGGCUGGUGGUGUGCGCGCGCGGGCUAGGCAUCGACCGCCUGCUGCUGCGCUUCCUCCGCCUGUACUGCGAGCCCACCAGCCUGGUGCUGGUGCUCAACACAAGCCCGGCCGAGGAGGAAUAUUUUAUUGAUCAGCUGAGGUCAGAUGGAGUUUCUCAUCUUCCCCAGCGCAUCACCAAUGAAAUUACGACCAAUAGUCGGUAUGAAGUUUAUACCCAAGGUGGUGUCCUCUUUGCAACAAGUCGAAUACUUGUGGUGGAUUUCCUGACUGACAGAAUUCCUUCAAGUCUUAUCACUGGCAUUUUGGUGUACAAAGCACAUAGAAUCAUUGAGUCAUGUCAAGAAGCAUUUAUCUUGCGACUCUAUCGCCAGAAGAACAAGCAGGGUUUCAUUAAAGCUUUCACAGACAAUGCCAUUGCUUUUAAUACUGGCUUUUGCCAAGUGGAAAGAGUGAUGAGAAAUCUUUUUGUACGGAAACUUUACUUAUGGCCCAGGUUUCACGUAGCAGUGAACUCGUUUUUAGAGAAGCAUAAACCUGAAGUAGUGGAAAUGCAUGUAUCUAUGACUCCUGCCAUGCGUGCCAUCCAGACUUCUAUACUGGACAUCCUGAACGUGUGUCUGAAAGAACUCAAACGCUACAAUCCAGCUCUUGAGGUGGAAGACUUGUCUUUGGAAAACGCUAUUGGAAAACCUUUUGACAAGACAAUCCGUCACUAUUUAGAUCCUCUUUGGCACCAGCUUGGAGCUAAGACCAAAUCUUUGGUUCAGGAUUUGAAGAUAUUACGUACUUUGCUGCAAUAUCUAACUCAGUAUGAUUGUGUCACCUUCCUUAAUCUUCUAGAGUCGUUGAAAGCAACUGAAAAGGCUUUUGGUCAGAAUUCAGGAUGGUUGUUUCUUGACUCUAGUACAUCAAUGUUUGUAAAUGCUCGAGCCAGAGUUUAUCACGUUCCCAGUGACAAAGUGAGUAAGAAGAACGAAGUAUCUGAAAAUAUCAGUAUGAAGAGAGAGAAAAGUGAACUAAAAAGGGAAUUGGUUCUAGAAAGUAACCCAAAAUGGGAGGCUUUAAGAGAAGUAUUGAAAGAGAUUGAAAAUGAGAACAAGAGCAGUGAAAGUCUUGGUGGACCAGGACAAGUGCUUAUUUGUGCCAAUGACGACCGAACUUGUGCACAACUCCGGGAGUACAUUAUUGGUGGAGCAGAAGCUUUUUUAAUGAGACUGUAUAACAAAACCUUUGGGAAGGAUGAGAAAACUGGAGAUGUGUGGAGUAAGGAUAGAAAAGCUGUCAAGUCCAAAGGAAAUGCCAAAUUGGACAAAGGGCCUCGGGCCAAAAAAGCCAGAAUAGAAGCUGCUUCAAAACAAAACAAAAACAAUAAAGAAAGAGACUUGAUUUUAAUCCAGACAAGGGAAAAAACAGAUGAGGAGAACAUAGGAGAUGAGGCAGAGGAUUAUAAAGACUUCAGCAGUAGCCAAGAAAGCAACAUGGAGGAAACCAAACCUGAAGAUUUCCAUGUGAACUUGCCUUCAGAUACUUACUAUGGUAUCUUUAGAACCCCCUUGACUAUUAUUCAUCCACUGCAGGGUUGUAGUGACCCUUAUGCUCUCACUCGGGUAUUGCAUGAAGUGGAACCACGAUAUGUUAUAUUAUAUGAUGCAGAACUAACUUUUGUUCGGCAGCUGGAAGUCUAUAAGGCAAGCAGGCCUGGGAAGCCCUUGAGGGUUUAUUUCCUUAUAUAUGGAGGUUCAACAGAAGAACAGCGCUAUCUCACUACUCUAAGGAAAGAAAAAGAAGCUUUUGAAAAACUCAUUCGAGAGAAGGCUAGCAUGGUUAUUCCUGAGGAAAGAGAAGGCAGAGAUGAAACAAACUUGGAUCUAAUCAGAGAUGCAGCUUCUGCAACUGUUUCUACUGACACACGCAAAGCAGGUGGACAGGAACAGAAGAGUAUUCAGCACAUUAUAAUAGUGGAUAUGCGAGAAUUUCGCAGUGAGCUUCCAUCUCUGAUUCAUCGUCGUGGCAUUGACAUUGAACCCGUUACUUUGGAAGUUGGAGAUUACAUUCUAACCCCUGAUAUCUGCAUAGAGCGGAAGAGUAUAAGUGAUUUGAUUGGUUCCUUAAAUAACGGAAGGCUCUACACUCAAUGCAUUUCUAUGUCACGUUAUUACAAGCGGCCGAUUCUUCUGAUUGAAUUUGACCCUAGCAAAUCUUUCUCUCUCACUUUGCGAGACUCUCUGCAGCAAGAGAUUUCUAGUAAUGACGUCACUUCCAAACUCACCCUUCUUACUCUUCAUUUCCCAAAACUACGUAUCUUGUGGUGUCCCUCUCCCCAUGCUACAGCUGAGCUCUUUGAGGAGUUGAAACAAAACCGGCCACAGCCUGAUGCAGCCACAGCAAUGGCCAUCACAGCAGAUUCUGAAAUUCUUCCAGAAUCGGACAAAUAUAAUCCUGGCCCACAGGACUUUCUCUUAAAAAUGCCAGGCGUUAAUGCAAAAAACUGUUCUAUCUUAAUGAACAAUGUUAAUAGCAUUGCAGAACUGGCAACACUGUCACAGGACAGACUCACAGAAAUUCUGGGCAAUGCUGUCAGUGCUAAGCAGCUGUAUGAUUUUAUUCACUUAUCCUAUGCAGAGGCCAUUUCUCAAGGCAAAACCAAAAAAUGAUUGAUGGGGUUGGCCAGCCCAGGCCAUGGUUACACUGUGUCUUGAACAGUAGUUUGGUAAAGAGUUUUAAAUACAUAUAUUUUUUUACCUUUUGGUGUAAUCAACUGUAUAGCCAAUGCUAAUCUACCAACUUUCACUGUUCCUGACAUUGCUGGAGGCAAAUUUCACGUACAAAAGACAGACUAGUGUAUCAUUGUAGUCCAUCCACAGUGCUUGUACCAACUCUGUAAUAGUAGAGAAUGAAGUAAAUGAACUUUGUUUUGGGGCCUACUGGAAUCAGAUGCUGUGAACGCUCAGUAUUCUCUUAAAAGGAAAACUGACUUCAGAGAUGUAUGAUGUUUUAUAUAAUGAAGAUGUGUUGAGUUUCUAAUGGGUGAAAUGUAUGUGCUGUUUUGCAUAUUAGAUUGUUUUGUUUUGGGGGUUACCUAAACCACCAUUUUUUUGUUGAUGUGACUUGUCUAAAUUAUAGGUAGUGGUGAAAAUGUUUAAAAUGUCCAUGCUUUUUCCAUGGAGUUUUAGGAGAAUCUACUAUAGAUAAAUUUUUAAUGUCACAGUUUACAAUAUAAAAAUGUGAUCAGCAUUCUUAUUUAUGGUCAGAAACUUAACUACAUAAAAACAGUAGCCAUUUCUCCAAGCUUGUGCUCGCACUGUACAUUUUGUGUAAUAUUUUCUUAUUUUACUGACAAAAAUGCAAACUGUUGUUUUUCCCUCUUGGUAACACUGCAGAACCAAUACAACUCUGGUGGUGUUGGUCGCUUCCAUACAAGUUCCAUAAUUCUAAAACUGAGACGCACAUUGUACAUUGGUACACUGCCACUUUACUUGGUCUGUCUCUUAGUUUAGAUUUAUGCUCCAAAAACAUUUUUGUUCCAGCUUUGAUACCUUCUGUUAAAGAUGAAAAUCUAAAUAUUAUAUUAUAGUAUUUGAUAAAUUGGGUGGUUUAGUUCUUUUCAUUGUACCCAAAGAUUUUUCCAUCAUACAUUCUACAACUUUUCCAAAGUAAAGUUUUAGAACAAAUUCACAGUUUUUGGGGGUGUUGCUUUUGUUUUGUGCAUUAUCAUCUAUAAUAUAUCCUAGUUUAUUUUGCACUUGAGUGCCUUGAAUUGCUAGUCUGAAUAAAUUCAGCACUGGUAUUUGCUUAUCUGAGAGCUGACUUUUAGCAUUUUAUGUAGUACAGAGUGGAGGAAGAAUUUAAUUUUUCUUUGUUAAUUUCUGUGUGUCAGUUGUAAAAGACAAAUAUUCUGUAUGGUACUUUCAAAUUACAACUGCUUAUCACAGUCUACUUUUACCACAGGGAUGAGUAGAAUUUCCAGUCAUUUAGCCUUUGUCCAUUAAUAGUUAACAUCUACACCAUCUUAACUAUGUACUAGUAUUAAAAGCAGUAUUUAUCUUAUCACUUCGUACUGUAGUACAGAAAAAAUAUAUUUGUGUUAUAUGGGUCUGAGAUCAGUUUGGGAUGAAUUUGUUCUCAGAAUUGCACAUGAUAAAAGUGAAGAGCAUACAUUUAUAACUAUGUGGCUUUGAAUGAUAAACUCUGAAUAAAUUGCACAAUGUAACUAAAUUAUUAAUAUUAAGAGGUAUUUCAAUUAAAUUGCCUUUUUUUUCUGUACUUUGAAUUUUAUAUGAAUUCAUACAGUCUUUCUCUGUUUUUCAGGAUAUAAUAUAAUAUAUAAUAUAAAUAAUUAUGGAUUUGUAACAUAAGAUUGGUUCCCAAUUGUGUUAAGUUCUGUACAAAUACCUCAGACGUGUCCUCUGACCUGAAAAUGAUAUUGUGAAAUUGUCCCACAAAUUAAAUGCUUUCAUUACAAAGAAA